GCCCAACCCAAUAACUCCUCUUAAAACCUGCGAUUAGGGUUUGUAUCCCUCUCUAUUCAGCUCGCUGCUCUCUGCAAUAACCCAACGCCGUCGACAUUCCUCAAGGUGAAUCGGGAAGAAAUGGCGGAAGCUGUCGUAGCUGCUGUUGCUCCUCCUGUGAUCGAGGAGGACAAGAUUCACACCGGCGUUUUGCUCUUCAACCGUUGGACCUAUGACGAAGUCCAGAUCAGUGAUAUCUCUGUGGAAGAUUACAUCACUGCCACUGCAGCCAAGCAUCCCACCUUCAUGCCUCACACGGCUGGAAGGUACCAAGCUAGACGCUUCAGGAAGGCUCAGUGCCCCAUCAUUGAGAGACUUACCAACUCUCUCAUGAUGCACGGCCGCAACAACGGAAAGAAGCUCAUGGCUGUUAGGAUUAUUAAGCAUGCCAUGGAGAUCAUCCAUUUGUUGACUGACCUCAACCCAAUCCAAGUCAUUGUUGAUGCAGUUAUCAACAGUGGGCCGAGGGAAGAUGCUACCCGUAUUGGGUCAGCUGGAGUGGUGAGAAGACAGGCUGUUGAUAUCUCUCCACUGCGUCGAGUCAAUCAGGCUAUUUAUCUGCUCACCACUGGUGCUCGUGAGAGUUCCUUCAGAAACGUCAAGACUAUUGCCGAGUGCCUUGCUGAUGAACUAAUCAAUGCGGCCAAAGGUUCUUCAAACAGCUACGCAAUAAAGAAGAAGGAUGAGAUUGAGAGAGUUGCUAAGGCUAACCGUUAAGAGUGGAAGCAUCAACAAAACAUUUUCCUAGAAUACAUGCCGAACCAGAAUUUAUUUUUGUCUUUAAUGUUCAUUUUUGUUGAGAUAUUAGAACUUAUUUUUAUGUUCUUGCAUAUCUUUCAUCAAGUAUAAUUUGGGUUCGUUUUAA